AUGGGUUUUCAUGAAUCUAAAGAUAUUUAUCAUAGAGUAGGGCAAGUCAUGUUGCCUGCACAUGAAAUGAUAUUUCAAAAGUGCAGUGAUAAAAUGAUAAAUCGAACCAAAAAGAAAUUCAAAUUUUCAAUCCCUUCCUUCGCUCAUACAAUCAUUCAAGCUGAACGAAAAAAAACUCUUGUCAUUAGCGUCAUGACAUAA